CGCACAGCUGACUAACCGAUAGUCUCCGAACCUUCGAGCAUUUGUUUUUGUGCCUUGUUGUUGUUGCCGUUGCCGAGGCAAAAAUAAAAAAAAAAUAAAUAAAAAAAAGGCGGCGACUCUUCCAGAAUAAUAAAGCUUAACAAUAUGGUAUAAUUACAUUAUUUUCGCUUCGGAAAAGAGGGAAUUCUAAUCUGUCAGUAAUUGCCACGAUACAUGCGCUUUUUUCGCACGCUGGUGACGUCGCUUCCAAGGAGAGCGCCCCCAGCCAGAAGAGGACACCCGAUCCACAGAGCCAUCACCAUCACCAUGCCAAGUGUCGCUGCAACCACAACCGCCACAUCGAUUGCAGCCCAGAUUGCCGAUAAUCCCGUCAAGAUCGCCCACAAGUGCCUCCAUCUGCCCGGGCGGACCAUGUCCUCGGACGUAAAUGGCUGUGGGCACUGUCCCGUAGUGCCCAUUAUCUCAGAUCCCGAUCGCCGACGCAUCCAGGUGCUUCAGGACACUGCCUUCAGCUUUUUUACGGAAACCCUUCAUCGCUAUGGCGUCGAGGAGCUGAUCUUCUGCUUCAACGGCGGCAAGGACUGCACCGUCCUUCUGGAUCUCCUCAUGAGUUAUCUGCGCCAGGAGUGCAUAUCCAGUCAGGAGAUACCAAUGCUGUAUAUCAAGUCCGGGGAUUCCUUCCCGGAGAUCGAUGACUUUGUGGCCAGUUGCAUUCGGAACUACAGGGUCCGCCUGGUCGAGUAUGACGGGUCGCUGAAGGAGGCGCUCACCCACAUGCAGGAGGACAUGCCCAAGAUCAAGGCUGUGUUUGUGGGCAGCCGGAACACGGAUCCCUACUGCCAGAACCUGGCCCCCAUGCAGCCCACGGAUAGCGACUGGCCGCCGAUGAUGCGAUUGAAUCCCCUCCUGGAAUGGACCUACCACGACGUCUGGCACUACAUCCACAUCAACUCGGUGCCCUACUGCAGUCUGUACGAUCGGGGCUACACCUCCAUCGGCAAUCGCUCCAACACAGUUCCCAAUCCGCAUCUCCGGCGAACGACUGCGGCGGACUCCUGCGGCUGUUCCGGCGUUUGUAAUUCCAUUCCCGCCACCACCAGCCAGCCAAGCACCACUACCGGUAGCUACCGACCGGCCUGGGAGCUGGCGGAUCCAAAACAGGAGCGGGCCGGACGCCUGCCCAGGAAAUAGUGCAAUUCUUUCUUUAUUUUCCGAUAGCUCAUUAGGCGUAGUUAGUCGCAAAUUGUAAAUAAUUGUGUGUUUUUUUGGAUUUGGAUUAGAAAUUGAUUGAUUUUUGUAUGACCCGAGCUCAGUUUGAAUAAAUUGUGCAGCUUCGCGAUCGGUCAGUCACCUUAAGCAGGCUUCACUGUGUUUCCUCA